CUCCCCCCAAUCCAAUCCCCGUAAUCAUCAUGUCUGUGGCGCGCUCCCGGUUUGGGGGGUUCUUCCUCCUCUCUCGUUUCAAUCCUCCUAGACUCUCCAUUAUCGAAUCGUUUUUGGGUCAUUUCCCGCGCUACCAUGCCUACAAAGUCCAGGUACCCCGACGUCCCCAUCCCAGACGUCGAUCUUUGGGCAUUCUUGUUCGAGCGCAAAGAUAAGCCAUUCCAAGACGACAAAGUCAUCUACGUUGAUCCGUACACAAAGCGAUCCUACACAUACGCGCAGGUCAAAACUGCCGCGAUCGAGUUCGGCCAGGGCCUCAAGGCACUCUGGGAUUGGCAGAAGGGCGAUGUCCUCGCGCUGUACACUACGAACUGCAUCGACACACCAGCGAUAACAUGGGGUUGCCAUUGGGCAGGAGGAGUGCUUAGCCCGGCGAACCCAGCGUAUACGGUCGAUGAGCUUGCUUUCCAGCUCAAAGAUGCUGGCGCAAAGGCGAUUGUCACUCAGAUGGCCUUCAUCAAGAAUGCACAGGAGGCUGCAGCGAAGGUCGGCAUACCCUUGGACCGUGUCAUCGUCAUGGGAGAUGAAAAAGACACGAGCUACAAGGUCAAGCACUUCACAAGCAUAAGGAAGACGUCCGGGUCGGCGAGGUACCGGAGGACGAAGGCAAAGCCAGACCAAGACCUUGCGUUUCUGGUGUAUUCUUCAGGCACAACAGGACACCCCAAGGGCGUGAUGUUAACGCAUAGAAACAUCGUGGCCAACACAAUGAUGAUCAAAGCAGGAGAGGGAGGGAAGUUAAGCUCGACAGGUGGACCCGACGGCGAGGGCGAUAAGAUCCUGGCGUUCUUACCGUUCUUCCAUAUCUAUGGUCUUACCUGCCUAAUCCAUCAGGCCAUGUACUCUGGACUGCAACUCGUAGUUAUGCCACGUUUCGACCUCGAAGACUUCUGCAAGUUUGUACAAGUGCUCAAGAUUACCUUCGUGUACGUCGUUCCACCGAUCGUGGUCCUUCUUGCAAAGAGCCCCGUGGUUUCCAGAUACGAUCUCAGUACUGUACGGAUGAUGAACUCGGGCGCCGCGCCAUUAACGAAAGAGCUGGUCGAUGCAGUAUACGAUCGCCUCAAGAUCCCUAUAAAGCAAGGAUACGGGCUAUCAGAGACGAGUCCGACCACACAUACGCAGCCAUGGGAGACCUGGAAUAAACACGUUGGCUCGGUGGGCACGCUUUUGCCUUACCAAGUCGCGAAAUACAUGUCGCCAGAGGAGAAGGAGCUCAAGGUGGGCGAAGUGGGAGAGCUUUGGAUCAAGGGCCCCAAUGUUUUCAAGGGCUAUCUCAACAAUCCAGAGGGAACUGCGAACGCUCUGACAUCUGAUGGUUACUUCAAAACUGGAGACGUGGGCUACCAAGAUGCUGACGGCAACUUCUACAUCACGGACCGCAUAAAGGAGCUCAUCAAGUACAAGGGCUUCCAGGUUGCGCCUGCAGAAUUGGAAGGCAUCCUUCUAUCUCAUCCAUCCAUCAACGACGUUGCAGUCAUCGGUGUAUAUGAGAAAGACGAGGCUACCGAGCUACCGAGGGCAUAUGUUGUACCCAAGGACGGGCUUGGUCGGACAGAUGACGAGAAGAAGGCCAUCGUCGACUGGUUGGGUGAGAGAGUGGCGGGACACAAACGUCUAAGAGGUGGUGUCAGGUGGCUAGAUGAGAUCCCCAAGAGCGCUAGCGGAAAGAUCCUGCGGAGGAUGUUGAAGUUGAAAGCGCUGGAAGAGGAACAGGGGCCGAAGGCCAAGCUCUAAGUAAGAGACAAAGUAUAUACCAAAUGAAGG